AUGCAGCCACACAUGCAGAUACCAGCAGCCAUGCAGCCACACAUGCAGAUACCAGCAGCCAUGCAGCCACACAUGCAGAUACCAGCAGCCAUGCAGCCACACAUGCAGAUACCAGCAGCCAUGCAGCCACACAUGCAGAUACCAGCAGCCAUGCAGCCACACAUGCAGAUACCAGCAGCCAUGCAGCCACACAUGCAGAUACCAGCAGCCAUGCAGCCACACAUGCAGAUACCAGCAGCCAUGCAGCCACACAUGCAGAUACCAGCAGCCAUGCAGCCACACAUGCAGAUACCAGCAUGCAGCACACAUGCAGAUACCAGCAGCAUGCAGCCACACAUGCAGAUACCAGCAGCCAUGCAGCCACACAUGCAGAUACCAGCAGCCAUGCAGCCACACAUGCAGAUACCAGCAGCCAUGCAGCCACACAUGCAGAUACCAGCAGCAUGCAGCCACACAUGCAGAUACCAGCAGCCAUGCAGCCACACAUGCAGAUACCAGCAGCCAUGCAGCCACACAUGCAGAUACCAGCAGCCAUGCAGCCACACAUGCAGAUACCAGCAGCCAUGCAGCCACACAUGCAGAUACCAGCAGCCAUGCAGCCACACAUGCAGAUACCAGCAGCCAUGCAGCCACACAUGCAGAUACAGCAGCCAUGCAGCCACACAUGCAGAUACCAGCAGCCAUGCAGCCACACAUGCAGAUACCAGCAGCCAUGCAGCCACACAUGCAGAUACCAGCAGGCCAUGCAGCCACACAUGCAGAUACCAGCAGCCAUGCAGCCACACAUGCAGAUACCAGCAGCCAUGCAGCCACACAUGCAGAUACCAGCAGCCAUGCAGCCACACAUGCAGAUACCAGCAGCCAUGCAGCCACACAUGCAGAUACCAGCAGCCAUGCAGCCACACAUGCAGAUACCAGCAGCCAUGCAGCCACACAUGCAGAUACCAGCAGCCAUGCAGCCACACAUGCAGAUACCAGCAGCCAUGCAGCCACACAUGCAGAUACCAGCAGCCAUGCAGCCACACAUGCAGAUACCAGCAGCCAUGCAGCCACACAUGCAGAUACCAGCAGCCAUGCAGCCACACAUGCAGAUACCAGCAGCCAUGCAGCCACACAUGCAGAUACCAGCAGCCAUGCAGCCACACAUGCAGAUACCAGCAGCCAUGCAGCCACACAUGCAGAUACCAGCAGCCAUGCAGCCACACAUGCAGAUACCAGCAGCCAUGCAGCCACACAUGCAGAUACCAGCAGGCCAUGCAGCCCACAACCAUGCAGCCACACAUGCAGAUACCAGCAGCCAUGCAGCCACACAUGCAGAUACCAGCAGCCAUGCAGCCACACAUGCAGAUACCAGCAGCCAUGCAGCCACACAUGCAGAUACCAGCAGCCAUGCAGCCACACAUGCAGAUACCAGCAGCCAUGCAGCCACACAUGCAGAUACCAGCAGCCAUGCAGCCACACAUGCAGAUACCAGCAGCCAUGCAGCCACACAUGCAGAUACCAGCAGCCAUGCAGCCACACAUGCAGAUACCAGCAGCCAUGCAGCCACACAUGCAGAUACCAGCAGCCAUGCAAGCCACACAUGCAGAUACCAGCAGCCAUGCAGCCACACAUGCAGAUACCAGCAGCCAUGCAGCCACACAUGCAGAUACCAGCAGCCAUGCAGCCACACAUGCAGAUACCAGCAGCCAUGCAGCCACACAUGCAGAUACCAGCAGCCAUGCAGCCACACAUGCAGAUACCAGCAGCCAUGCAGCCACACAUGCAGAUACCAGCAGCCAUGCAGCCACACAUGCAGAUACCAGCAGCCAUGCAGCCACACAUGCAGAUACCAGCAGCCAUGCAGCACACAUGCAGAUACCAGCAGCCAUGCAGCCACACAUGCAGAUACCAGCAGCCAUGCAGCCACACAUGCAGAUACAGCAGCCAUGCAGCCACACAUGCAGAUACCAGCAGCCAUGCAGCCACACAUGCAGAUACCAGCAGCCAUGCAGCCACACAUGCAGAUACCAGCAGCCAUGCAGCCACACAUGCAGAUACCAGCAGCCAUGCAGCCACACAUGCAGAUACCAGCAGCCAUGCAGCCACACAUGCAGAUACCAGCAGCCAUGCAGCCACACAUGCAGAUACCAGCAGCCAUGCAGCCACACAUGCAGAUACCAGCAGCCAUGCAGCCACACAUGCAGAUACCAGCAGCCAUGCAGCCACACAUGCAGAUACCAGCAGCCAUGCAGCCACACAUGCAGAUACCAGCAGCCAUGCAGCCAACAUGCAGAUACCAGCAGCCAUGCAGCCACAUGCAGAUACCAGCAGCCAUGCAGCCACACAUGCAGAUACCAGCAGCCAUGCAGCCACACAUGCAGAUACCAGCAGCCAUGCAGCCACACAUGCAGAUACCAGCAGCCAUGCAGCCACACAUGCAGAUACCAGCAGCCAUGCAGCCACACAUGCAGAUACCAGCAGCCAUGCAGCCACACAUGCAGAUACCAGCAGCCAUGCAGCCACACAUGCAGAUACCAGCAGCCAUGCAGCCACACAUGCAGAUACCAGCAGCCAUGCAGCCACACAUGCAGAUACCAGCAGCCAUGCAGCCACACAUGCAGAUACCAGCAGCCAUGCAGCCACACAUGCAGAUACCAGCAGCCAUGCAGCCACACAUGCAGAUACCAGCAGCCAUGCAGCCACACAUGCAGAUACCAGCAGCCAUGCAGCCACACAUGCAGAUACCAGCAAGCCAUGCAGCCACACAUGCAGAUACCAGCAACCAUGCAGCCACACAUGCAGAUACCAGCAAGCCAUGCAGCCACACAUGCAGAUACCAGCAGCCAUGCAGCCACACAUGCAGAUACCAGCAGCCAUGCAGCCACACAUGCAGAUACCAGCAGCCAUGCAGCCACACAUGCAGAUACCAGCAGCCAUGCAGCCACACAUGCAGAUACCAGCAGCCAUGCAGCCACACAUGCAGAUACCAGCAGCCAUGCAGCCACACAUGCAGAUACCAGCAGCCAUGCAGCCACACAUGCAGAUACCAGCAGCCAUGCAGCCACACAUGCAGAUACCAGCAACCAUGCAGCCACACAUGCAGAUACCAGCAGCCAUGCAGCCACACAUGCAGAUACCAGCAGCCAUGCAGCCACACAUGCAGAUACCAGCAGCCAUGCAGCCACACAUGCAGAUACCAGCAGCCAUGCAGCCACACAUGCAGAUACCAGCAGCCAUGCAGCCACACAUGCAGAUACCAGCAGCCAUGCAGCCACACAUGCAGAUACCAGCAGCCAUGCAGCCACACAUGCAGAUACCAGCAGCCAUGCAGCCACACAUGCAGAUACCAGCAGCCAUGCAGCCACACAUGCAGAUACCAGCAGCCAUGCAGCCACACAUGCAGAUACCAGCAGCCAUGCAGCCACACAUGCAGAUACCAGCAGCCAUGCAGCCACACAUGCAGAUACCAGCAGCCAUGCAGCCACACAUGCAGAUACCAGCAGCCAUGCAGCCACACAUGCAGAUACCAGCAGCCAUGCAGCCACACAUGCAGAUACCAGCAGCCAUGCAGCCACACAUGCAGAUACCAGCAGCCAUGCAGCCACACAUGCAGAUACCAGCAGCCAUGCAGCCACACAUGCAGAUACCAGCAGCCAUGCAGCCACACAUGCAGAUACCAGCAGCCAUGCAGCCACACAUGCAGAUACCAGCAAGCCAUGCAGCCACACAUGCAGAUACCAGCAGCCAUGCAGCCACACAUGCAGAUACCAGCAGCCAUGCAGCCACACAUGCAGAUACCAGCAGCCAUGCAGCCACACAUGCAGAUACCAGCAGCCAUGCAGCCACACAUGCAGAUACCAGCAGCCAUGCAGCCACACAUGCAGAUACCAGCAGCCAUGCAGCCACACAUGCAGAUACCAGCAGCAUGCAGCCACACAUGCAGAUACCAGCAGCCAUGCAGCCACACAUGCAGAUACCAGCAGCCAUGCAGCCACACAUGCAGAUACCAGCAGCCAUGCAGCCACACAUGCAGAUACCAGCAGCCAUGCAGCCACACAUGCAGAUACCAGCAGCCAUGCAGCCACACAUGCAGAUACCAGCAGCCAUGCAGCCACACAUGCAGAUACCAGCAGCCAUGCAGCCACACAUGCAGAUACCAGCAGCCAUGCAGCCACACAUGCAGAUACCAGCAGCCAUGCAGCCACACAUGCAGAUACCAGCAGCCAUGCAGCCACACAUGCAGAUACCAGCAGCCAUGCAGCCACACAUGCAGAUACCAGCAGCCAUGCAGCCACACAUGCAGAUACCAGCAGCCAUGCAGCCACACAUGCAGAUACCAGCAGCCAUGCAGCCACACAUGCAGAUACCAGCAGCCAUGCAGCCACACAUGCAGAUACCAGCAGCCAUGCAGCCACACAUGCAGAUACCAGCAGCCAUGCAGCCACACAUGCAGAUACCAGCAGCCAUGCAGCCACACAUGCAGAUACCAGCAGCCAUGCAGCCACACAUGCAGAUACCAGCAGCCAUGCAGCCACACAUGCAGAUACCAGCAGCCAUGCAGCCACACAUGCAGAUACCAGCAGCCAUGCAGCCACACAUGCAGAUACCAGCAGCCAUGCAGCCACACAUGCAGAUACCAGCAGCCAUGCAGCCACACAUGCAGAUACCAGCAGCCAUGCAGCCACACAUGCAGAUACCAGCAGCCAUGCAGCCACACAUGCAGAUACCAGCAGCCAUGCAGCCACACAUGCAGAUACCAGCAGCCAUGCAGCCACACAUGCAGAUACCAGCAGCCAUGCAGCCACACAUGCAGAUACCAGCAGCCAUGCAGCCACACAUGCAGAUACCAGCAGCCAUGCAGCCACACAUGCAGAUACCAGCAGCAUGCAGCCACAAAUGCAGCCACACAUGCAGAUACCAGCAGCCAUGCAGCCACACAUGCAGAUACCAGCAGCCAUGCAGCCACACAUGCAGAUACCAGCAAGCCAUGCAGCCACACAUGCAGAUACCAGCAGCCAUGCAGCCACACAUGCAGAUACCAGCAGCCAUGCAGCCACACAUGCAGAUACCAGCAGCCAUGCAGCCACACAUGCAGAUACCAGCAGCCAUGCAGCCACACAUGCAGAUACCAGCAGCCAUGCAGCCACACAUGCAGAUACCAGCAGCCAUGCAGCCACACAUGCAGAUACCAGCAGCCAUGCAGCCACACAUGCAGAUACCAGCAGCCAUGCAGCCACACAUGCAGAUACCAGCAAGCCAUGCAGCCACACAUGCAGAUACCAGCAGCCAUGCAGCCACACAUGCAGAUACCAGCAGCCAUGCAGCCACACAUGCAGAUACCAGCAGCCAUGCAGCCACACAUGCAGAUACCAGCAGCCAUGCAGCCACACAUGCAGAUACAGCAGCCAUGCAGCCACACAUGCAGAUACCAGCAGCCAUGCAGCCACACAUGCAGAUACCAGCAGCCAUGCAGCCACACAUGCAGAUUACCAGCAGCCAUGCAGCCACACAUGCAGCAGGCAUGCAGCCACACAUGCAGAUGCAGGCAGGCAUGCAGCCACACAUGCAGAUGCAGGCAGGCAUGCAGCCACACAUGCAGAUGCAGGCAGGCAUGCAGCCACACAUGCAGAUGCAGGCAGGCAUGCAGCCACACAUGCAGAUACCAGCAACCAUGCAGCCACACAUGCAGAUACCAGCAACCAUGCAGCCACACAUGCAGAUACCAGCAACCAUGCAGCCACACAUGCAGAUACCAGCAGCCAUGCAGCCACACAUGCAGAUACCAGCAGCCAUGCAGCCACACAUGCAGAUACCAGCAGCCAUGCAGCCACACAUGCAGAUACCAGCAGCCAUGCAGCCACACAUGCAGAUACCAGCAGCCAUGCAGCCACACAUGCAGAUACCAGCAGCCAUGCAGCCACACAUGCAGAUACCAGCAGCCAUGCAGCCACACAUGCAGAUGCAGGCAGGCAUGCAGCCACACAUGCAGAUGCAGGCAGGCAUGCAGCCACACAUGCAGAUGCAGGCAGGCAUGCAGCCACACAUGCAGAUGCAGGCAGGCAUGCAGCCACACAUGCAGAUGCAGGCAGGCAUGCAGCCACACAUGCAGAUGCAGGCAGGCAUGCAGCCACACAUGCAGAUGCAGGCAGCCAUGCAGCCACACAUGCAGAUACCAGCAGCCAUGCAGCCACACAUGCAGAUACCAGCAGCCAUGCAGCCACACAUGCAGAUACCAGCAACCAUGCAGCCACACAUGCAGAUACCAGCAACCAUGCAGCCACACAUGCAGAUACCAGCAACCAUGCAGCCACACAUGCAGAUACCAGCAGCCAUGCAGCCACACAUGCAGAUACCAGCAGCCAUGCAGCCACACAUGCAGAUACCAGCAGCCAUGCAGCCACACAUGCAGAUACCAGCAGCCAUGCAGCCACACAUGCAGAUACCAGCAGCCAUGCAGCCACACAUGCAGAUACCAGCAGCCAUGCAGCCACACAUGCAGAUACCAGCAGCCAUGCAGCCACACAUGCAGAUACCAGCAGCCAUGCAGCCACACAUGCAGAUACCAGCAGCCAUGCAGCCACACAUGCAGAUACCAGCAACCAUGCAGCCACACAUGCAGAUACCAGCAACCAUGCAGCCACACAUGCAGAUGCAGGCAGGCAUGCAGCCACACAUGCAGAUGCAGGCAGGCAUGCAGCCACACAUGCAGAUGCAGGCAGGCAUGCAGCCACACAUGCAGAUGCAGGCAGGCAUGCAGCCACACAUGCAGAUGCAGGCAGGCAUGCAGCCACACAUGCAGAUGCAGGCAGGCAUGCAGCCACACAUGCAGAUACCAGCAACCAUGCAGCCACACAUGCAGAUACCAGCAACCAUGCAGCCACACAUGCAGAUACCAGCAACCAUGCAGCCACACAUGCAGAUACCAGCAGCCAUGCAGCCACACAUGCAGAUACCAGCAGCCAUGCAGCCACACAUGCAGAUACCAGCAGCCAUGCAGCCACACAUGCAGAUACCAGCAGCCAUGCAGCCACACAUGCAGAUACCAGCAGCCAUGCAGCCACACAUGCAGAUACCAGCAGCCAUGCAGCCACACAUGCAGAUACCAGCAGCCAUGCAGCCACACAUGCAGAUACCAGCAGCCAUGCAGCCACACAUGCAGAUGCAGGCAGGCAUGCAGCCACACAUGCAGAUGCAGGCAGGCAUGCAGCCACACAUGCAGAUGCAGGCAGGCAUGCAGCCACACAUGCAGAUGCAGGCAGGCAUGCAGCCACACAUGCAGAUGCAGGCAGGCAUGCAGCCACACAUGCAGAUGCAGGCAGGCAUGCAGCCACACAUGCAGAUACCAGCAACCAUGCAGCCACACAUGCAGAUACCAGCAACCAUGCAGCCACACAUGCAGAUACCAGCAACCAUGCAGCCACACAUGCAGAUACCAGCAGCCAUGCAGCCACACAUGCAGAUACCAGCAGCCAUGCAGCCACACAUGCAGAUACCAGCAGCCAUGCAGCCACACAUGCAGAUACCAGCAGCCAUGCAGCCACACAUGCAGAUACCAGCAGCCAUGCAGCCACACAUGCAGAUACCAGCAGCCAUGCAGCCACACAUGCAGAUACCAGCAGCCAUGCAGCCACACAUGCAGAUACCAGCAGCCAUGCAGCCACACAUGCAGAUGCAGGCAGGCAUGCAGCCACACAUGCAGAUGCAGGCAGGCAUGCAGCCACACAUGCAGAUGCAGGCAGGCAUGCAGCCACACAUGCAGAUGCAGGCAGGCAUGCAGCCACACAUGCAGAUGCAGGCAGGCAUGCAGCCACACAUGCAGAUGCAGGCAGGCAUGCAGCCACACAUGCAGAUGCAGGCAGGCAUGCAGCCACACAUGCAGAUGCAGGCAGGCAUGCAGCCACACAUGCAGAUGCAGGCAGGCAUGCAGCCACACAUGCAGAUGCAGGCAGGCAUGCAGCCACACAUGCAGAUGCAGGCAGGCAUGCAGCCACACAUGCAGAUGCAGGCAGGCAUGCAGCCACACAUGCAGAUGCAGGCAGGCAUGCAGCCACACAUGCAGAUGCAGGCAGGCAUGCAGCCACACAUGCAGAUGCAGGCAGGCAUGCAGCCACACAUGCAGAUGCAGGCAGGCAUGCAGCCACACAUGCAGAUGCAGGCAGGCAUGCAGCCACACAUGCAGAUGCAGGCAGGCAUGCAGCCACACAUGCAGAUGCAGGCAGGCAUGCAGCCACACAUGCAGAUACCAGCAACCAUGCAGCCACACAUGCAGAUACCAGCAACCAUGCAGCCACACAUGCAGAUACCAGCAACCAUGCAGCCACACAUGCAGAUACCAGCAGCCAUGCAGCCACACAUGCAGAUACCAGCAGCCAUGCAGCCACACAUGCAGAUACCAGCAGCCAUGCAGCCACACAUGCAGAUACCAGCAGCCAUGCAGCCACACAUGCAGAUACCAGCAGCCAUGCAGCCACACAUGCAGAUACCAGCAGCCAUGCAGCCACACAUGCAGAUACCAGCAGCCAUGCAGCCACACAUGCAGAUACCAGCAGCCAUGCAGCCACACAUGCAGAUGCAGGCAGGCAUGCAGCCACACAUGCAGAUGCAGGCAGGCAUGCAGCCACACAUGCAGAUGCAGGCAGGCAUGCAGCCACACAUGCAGAUGCAGGCAGGCAUGCAGCCACACAUGCAGAUGCAGGCAGGCAUGCAGCCACACAUGCAGAUGCAGGCAGGCAUGCAGCCACACAUGCAGAUACCAGCAACCAUGCAGCCACACAUGCAGAUACCAGCAACCAUGCAGCCACACAUGCAGAUACCAGCAACCAUGCAGCCACACAUGCAGAUACCAGCAGCCAUGCAGCCACACAUGCAGAUACCAGCAGCCAUGCAGCCACACAUGCAGAUACCAGCAGCCAUGCAGCCACACAUGCAGAUACCAGCAGCCAUGCAGCCACACAUGCAGAUACCAGCAGCCAUGCAGCCACACAUGCAGAUACCAGCAGCCAUGCAGCCACACAUGCAGAUACCAGCAGCCAUGCAGCCACACAUGCAGAUACCAGCAGCCAUGCAGCCACACAUGCAGAUGCAGGCAGGCAUGCAGCCACACAUGCAGAUGCAGGCAGGCAUGCAGCCACACAUGCAGAUGCAGGCAGGCAUGCAGCCACACAUGCAGAUGCAGGCAGGCAUGCAGCCACACAUGCAGAUGCAGGCAGGCAUGCAGCCACACAUGCAGAUGCAGGCAGGCAUGCAGCCACACAUGCAGAUGCAGGCAGGCAUGCAGCCACACAUGCAGAUGCAGGCAGGCAUGCAGCCACACAUGCAGAUGCAGGCAGGCAUGCAGCCACACAUGCAGAUGCAGGCAGGCAUGCAGCCACACAUGCAGAUGCAGGCAGGCAUGCAGCCACACAUGCAGAUGCAGGCAGGCAUGCAGCCACACAUGCAGAUGCAGGCAGGCAUGCAGCCACACAUGCAGAUGCAGGCAGGCAUGCAGCCACACAUGCAGAUGCAGGCAGGCAUGCAGCCACACAUGCAGAUGCAGGCAGGCAUGCAGCCACACAUGCAGAUGCAGGCAGGCAUGCAGCCACACAUGCAGAUGCAGGCAGGCAUGCAGCCACACAUGCAGAUACCAGCAACCAUGCAGCCACACAUGCAGAUACCAGCAACCAUGCAGCCACACAUGCAGAUACCAGCAACCAUGCAGCCACACAUGCAGAUACCAGCAGCCAUGCAGCCACACAUGCAGAUACCAGCAGCCAUGCAGCCACACAUGCAGAUACCAGCAGCCAUGCAGCCACACAUGCAGAUACCAGCAGCCAUGCAGCCACACAUGCAGAUACCAGCAGCCAUGCAGCCACACAUGCAGAUACCAGCAGCCAUGCAGCCACACAUGCAGAUACCAGCAGCCAUGCAGCCACACAUGCAGAUACCAGCAGCCAUGCAGCCACACAUGCAGAUGCAGGCAGGCAUGCAGCCACACAUGCAGAUGCAGGCAGGCAUGCAGCCACACAUGCAGAUGCAGGCAGGCAUGCAGCGCAGCCACACAUGCAGAUGCAGGCAGGCAUGCAGCCACACAUGCAGAUGCAGGCAGGCAUGCAGCCACACAUGCAGAUGCAGGCAGGCAUGCAGCCACACAUGCAGAUGCAGGCAGGCAUGCAGCCACACAUGCAGAUGCAGGCAGGCAUGCAGCCACACAUGCAGAUGCAGGCAGGCAUGCAGCCACACAUGCAGAUGCAGGCAGGCAUGCAGCCACACAUGCAGAUGCAGGCAGGCAUGCAGCCACACAUGCAGAUGCAGGCAGGCAUGCAGCCACACAUGCAGAUGCAGGCAGGCAUGCAGCCACACAUGCAGAUGCAGGCAGGCAUGCAGCCACACAUGCAGAUGCAGGCAGGCAUGCAGCCACACAUGCAGAUGCAGGCAGGCAUGCAGCCACACAUGCAGAUGCAGGCAGGCAUGCAGCCACACAUGCAGAUGCAGGCAGGCAUGCAGCCACACAUGCAGAUGCAGGCAGGCAUGCAGCCACACAUGCAGAUGCAGGCAGGCAUGCAGCCACACAUGCAGAUGCAGGCAGGCAUGCAGCCACACAUGCAGAUGCAGGCAGGCAUGCAGCCACACAUGCAGAUGCAGGCAGGCAUGCAGCCACACAUGCAGAUGCAGGCAGGCAUGCAGCCACACAUGCAGAUGCAGGCAGGCAUGCAGCCACACAUGCAGAUGCAGGCAGGCAUGCAGCCACACAUGCAGAUGCAGGCAGGCAUGCAGCCACACAUGCAGAUGCAGGCAGGCAUGCAGCCACACAUGCAGAUGCAGGCAGGCAUGCAGCCACACAUGCAGAUGCAGGCAGGCAUGCAGCCACACAUGCAGAUGCAGGCAGGCAUGCAGCCACACAUGCAGAUGCAGGCAGGCAUGCAGCCACACAUGCAGAUGCAGGCAGGCAUGCAGCCACACAUGCAGAUGCAGGCAGGCAUGCAGCCACACAUGCAGAUGCAGGCAGGCAUGCAGCCACACAUGCAGAUGCAGGCAGGCAUGCAGCCACACAUGCAGAUGCAGCAGGCAUGCCCACACAUGCAGAUGCAGGCAGGCAUGCAGCCACACAUGCAGAUGCAGGCAGGCAUGCAGCCACACAUGCAGAUGCAGGCAGGCAUGCAGCCACACAUGCAGAUGCAGGCAGGCAUGCAGCCACACAUGCAGAUGCAGGCAGGCAUGCAGCCACACAUGCAGAUGCAGGCAGGCAUGCAGCCACACAUGCAGAUGCAGGCAGGCAUGCAGCCACACAUGCAGAUGCAGGCAGGCAUGCAGCCACACAUGCAGAUGCAGGCAGGCAUGCAGCCACACAUGCAGAUGCAGGCAGGCAUGCAGCCACACAUGCAGAUGCAGGCAGGCAUGCAGCCACACAUGCAGAUGCAGGCAGGCAUGCAGCCACACAUGCAGAUGCAGGCAGGCAUGCAGCCACACAUGCAGAUGCAGGCAGGCAUGCAGCCACACAUGCAGAUGCAGGCAGGCAUGCAGCCACACAUGCAGAUGCAGGCAGGCAUGCAGCCACACAUGCAGAUGCAGGCAGGCAUGCAGCCACACAUGCAGAUGCAGGCAGGCAUGCAGCCACACAUGCAGAUGCAGGCAGGCAUGCAGCCACACAUGCAGAUGCAGGCAGGCAUGCAGCCACACAUGCAGAUGCAGGCAGGCAUGCAGCCACACAUGCAGAUGCAGGCAGGCAUGCAGCCACACAUGCAGAUGCAGGCAGGCAUGCAGCCACACAUGCAGAUGCAGGCAGGCAUGCAGCCACACAUGCAGAUGCAGGCAGGCAUGCAGCCACACAUGCAGAUGCAGGCAGGCAUGCAGCCACACAUGCAGAUGCAGGCAGGCAUGCAGCCACACAUGCAGAUGCAGGCAGGCAUGCAGCCACACAUGCAGAUGCAGGCAGGCAUGCAGCCACACAUGCAGAUGCAGGCAGGCAUGCAGCCACACAUGCAGAUGCAGGCAGGCAUGCAGCCACACAUGCAGAUGCAGGCAGGCAUGCAGCCACACAUGCAGAUGCAGGCAGGCAUGCAGCCACACAUGCAGAUGCAGGCAGGCAUGCAGCCACACAUGCAGAUGCAGGCAGGCAUGCAGCCACACAUGCAGAUGCAGGCAGGCAUGCAGCCACACAUGCAGAUGCAGGCAGGCAUGCAGCCACACAUGCAGAAGCAGGCAGGCAUGCAGCCACACAUGCAGAAGCAGGCAGGCAUGCAGCCACACAUGCAGAUGCAGGCAGGCAUGCAGCCACACAUGCAGAUGCAGGCAGGCAUGCAGCCACACAUGCAGAUGCAGGCAGGCAUGCAGCCACACAUGCAGAUGCAGGCAGGCAUGCAGCCACACAUGCAGAUGCAGGCAGGCAUGCAGCCACACAUGCAGAUGCAGGCAGGCAUGCAGCCACACAUGCAGAUGCAGGCAGGCAUGCAGCCACACAUGCAGAUGCAGGCAGGCAUGCAGCCACACAUGCAGAUGCAGGCAGGCAUGCAGCCACACAUGCAGAUGCAGGCAGGCAUGCAGCCACACAUGCAGAUGCAGGCAGGCAUGCAGCCACACAUGCAGAAGCAGGCAGGCAUGCAGCCACACAUGCAGAAGCAGGCAGGCAUGCAGCCACACAUGCAGAUGCAGGCAGGCAUGCAGCCACACAUGCAGAAGCAGGCAGGCAUGCAGCCACACAUGCAGAUGCAGGCAGGCAUGCAGCCACACAUGCAGAAGCAGGCAGGCAUGCAGCCACACAUGCAGAAGCAGGCAGGCAUGCAGCCACACAUGCAGAUGCAGGCAGGCAUGCAGCCACACAUGCAGAAGCAGGCAGGCAUGCAGCCACACAUGCAGAUGCAGGCAGGCAUGCAGCCACACAUGCAGAAGCAGGCAGGCAUGCAGCCACACAUGCAGAAGCAGGCAGGCAUGCAGCCACACAUGCAGAUGCAGGCAGGCAUGCAGCCACACAUGCAGAAGCAGGCAGGCAUGCAGCCACACAUGCAGAUGCAGGCAGGCAUGCAGCCACACAUGCAGAAGCAGGCAGGCAUGCAGCCACACAUGCAGAAGCAGGCAGGCAUGCAGCCACACAUGCAGAUGCAGGCAGGCAUGCAGCCACACAUGCAGAAGCAGGCAGGCAUGCAGCCACACAUGCAGAUGCAGGCAGGCAUGCAGCCACACAUGCAGAAGCAGGCAGGCAUGCAGCCACACAUGCAGAAGCAGGCAGGCAUGCAGCCACACAUGCAGAUGCAGGCAGGCAUGCAGCCACACAUGCAGAAGCAGGCAGGCAUGCAGCCACACAUGCAGAUGCAGGCAGGCAUGCAGCCACACAUGCAGAAGCAGGCAGGCAUGCAGCCACACAUGCAGAAGCAGGCAGGCAUGCAGCCACACAUGCAGAUGCAGGCAGGCAUGCAGCCACACAUGCAGAAGCAGGCAGGCAUGCAGCCACACAUGCAGAUGCAGGCAGGCAUGCAGCCACACAUGCAGAAGCAGGCAGGCAUGCAGCCACACAUGCAGAAGCAGGCAGGCAUGCAGCCACACAUGCAGAUGCAGGCAGGCAUGCAGCCACACAUGCAGAAGCAGGCAGGCAUGCAGCCACACAUGCAGAAGCAGACAACCAUGCAUCCCGUCCCACCGGACAUGCAGCAGAUACCUGACGAUGCAGGGAUGGAGCCCCUCCCAUCGUAUGUGCGGAUUCACGCAGCGAUGCAGCCAGAGUUGCAUGUGCAGCCAGAGCUGCAUAUGCAGAAAUCGCCUCUGGCUGUUGGAUACGAUGAAGGCGUGAUGGGCCUGAUCGGAGCCCACAUGCACCCCCAGUUCGUGGUCUCUCUGGGAGACAACUUCCUGGAGCUCGGCCUUCCAGGCGUCAAUGCCCGUUUAUCAUUCACCUCCUUCCUCGUCCCCCAUCCCCCCACUCCGACCCCUGCAUCCCAAUCAGAUGGGCCUAAUUGGCGCCCACAUACAACACAACCCCAGUUCGUGGUCUCGCUGGGAGACAACUUCCUCGACCUCGGCCUGCCAGACGUCAAUGCUCCCCAAUGUUGUAACCUCCUUGCUUGCCCAUCCCCUCACCUUUCAUCUCCGCUCACCAACCAGAUGGGCGUGGUGGGAAGGAAGCCACAUGCACCCCCAGUUCGUGACGUGAAUGCUCCCCAGUUCGCCCAGUCCUUCACCAACAUCUACACCCACCGCAGCCUGCAGAUCCCCUGGUAUGCAGCAGUGCUGCGCCGUUCAGACGUGAAUGCCCCGCAGUUCGCCCAGUCCUUCACCAACAUCUACACGCACCGCAGCCUGCAGAUCCCCUGGUAUGCAGCAGUGCUGCGCCGUUCAGACGUGAAUGCCCCGCAGUUCGCCCAGUCCUUCACCAACAUCUACACGCACCGCAGCCUGCAGAUCCCCUGGUAUGCAGACGUGAAUGCCCCCCAGUUCGUCUCCCAGUCCUUCACGAACAUCUACACCCACCGCAGCCUGCAGAUCCCCUGGUAUGCAGUCCUGGGAAACCAUGACUACUAUGGGAACGUGCUAGCCCAGCUGCUGCACUCAGCAACAGCCAGUCACAACCUUUCCUUUUCCCCUUAUCCUUCUCCCUCUUCACCUUCAGUCCUGGGAAACCAUGAUUACUACGGAAACGUGUUAGCCCAGCUGCACCCAGCGCUGGCCAAUCGCGACCCUCGAUGGACCUGCCGUCGCAGCAUGGCCCUCUCGCUCCCCGUCUGUGCCGAGAUGGAUGCAAAAAGCGUUGACUCGGCUGGCCAGGGCGUUGACCGCGUUGGCUCUGGAGGAGGGCAGGGCGUUGACUGCGUUGACUCUGGAGGGGGGCAGGGCGUUGACUGCGUUGACUUUGUUGACCUGUUUCUGUACGACUCAAUGCCGCUGAUCCCGGCAUACCGCCACAAGGAGGGCAGGCGGGUGGACUGGCGGGGGCUCAACACAGGCAACUGGAGCCGCCAGGAGGAGGCAAAGCUGCAGGCGGGUGGACUGGCGGGGGCUCAACACAGGCAACUGGAGCCGCCAGGGGGAGGCGCAGCUGCAGGAGCUGGAGGGGUGGCUGAGCAACUUGCAGGCGCGGUGGAAGGUGGUGGGCAUUCACACGUGCAGCCACGAAUGCACACACACACGCUCACACAAGCAUAUGCAUCUCCCUUGUUGUACCUUGUUGCAGGAGCUGGAGGGGUGGCUGAGCAACUCGCAGGCGCGGUGGAAGGUGGUGGGCAUUCACACGUGCAGCCACGAAUGCACACACACACGCUCACACAAGCAUAUGCAUCUCCCUUGUUGUACCUUGUUGCAGGAGCUGGAGGGGUGGCUGAGCAACUCGCAGGCGCGGUGGAAGGUGGUGGGGGCGCACCACCCGGUGUUCAGCUAUGGCAAGCACGGCGACCAGCCCGAGAUGGUGGACAGGAUCAAGCCCCUGCUGGAGGGAAGGUGGUGGGGGCGCACCACCCGGUGUUCAGCUAUGGCAAGCACGGCGACCAGCUGGAGAUGGUGGAUAGGAUCAAGCCCCUGCUGGAGGUGAGACAAACCGCCCCCUGCUUGAGCUAUGGCAAGCACGGCGACCAGCCCGAGAUGGUCGAUAGGAUCAAGCCCCUGCUGGAGGUGAGGUCAGGAUAG